ACUUGGUACAGCACCAUCAGUGCUCAAUUUUGGAGAAAGAAAACCCACCAUGACAGACACGCCAAGGGUUGCGGUGAUAUCGGGCGGAGGUAGCGGCAUGGGCUUGGAGGCGACCACGCAGUUGACGAAAAGGGGCGGCUGGAACGUUCACAUACUCGACGUCAGCGAAGAACGUGGCAAAGAAGUUGUACAGCGUCUCGGGUCGACAGUGACCUUCCACAAGACCGACGUUACCAGUUACGCCUCUCUCUCAUCAGCAUUUGAGAAGAUCUUCGACAUUGAGGGUCGUCUAGAUUUCGUCUAUGCCAAUGCUGGGAUCAAGGAGACUGGCGAUUUGUACGCCGUCGCGAAAGACACAAAAGCGCCUCCCGAGGUGAAUCAGUUGACCGUGGACCUGAACCUCAAAUCCGUCAUCAACCAGAGCUAUCUGGCCAGCCACUAUUUCCAACUGUCCCCCAGCAAAGGUCAAGGUACCAACCUGGUCAUGACGGGGAGCGCAGGCAGCGUCUACCCGCUCGACUCGGCGCCCAUGUACGCGGCCUCCAAAUUUGGAGUCUUGGGAUUCUGCUGGAGCAUAGCAAAGAUGUACAAACAACGUUUUGGGAUCCGGGUCAACACCGUCUUGCCAGCCCCUGUCCCAACCAAUCUGGUCACCAAAGAAGAGUGGGCCGGAUUUGACUCGUCGCUUUUCACACCCCCUUCUGCUAUUGUGGACGUGGUCCUCAAGCUUGUGGACGGUAAAGAUAUGAAGGACUCGAACGGCACGGCGUUCGCUGGUAAGGAUUGUGUAGGCAAAGCGGUGGAGGUGAUUCAGGGAGACUAUUAUUUCCGGACGCCCAUGGCGUGGUGUAACGACAAAAUGUUCCAGGCCAUGGCAGCGAACGAUCUAUAG